AUGCAGUUCUUCUUCCCAAAAAAGCACAAGCACCAUCGGUUCGUCCUUUGGUUGAUGGUCGCCGAGUUUCCAAUCACCAUCGUGAUAUUGACAUUGACGGGCAUCGCUUCUCACGAUCUAUAUCGGACAUUAUUAUGGCAAGAUGGAGCGGACAAUGGAUUCAACAGCGCCCCGAACGAGGCAUUAUACGCAGCAGCAAAUUAUAGGCCGUAUAAACCCCCGAUGGUUUGGUCUGGAUUCAUCACCAACUACAGCCUUGUCCUUGGUGUCCUGAGCACAUUCUUCCUCAUCACCAAAUUGCCGACCCAUUGGAUGAACCUAUUCUAUCCUCCUGUUGCGGUCUUUGUCCAUGCAUCAUUGAUCAUCCUUUAUAUCGUGUCAGCAGUUUAUCAAGCUGGAUCUGACACAUCAGACCCUAAUCACUCUCAACCCGGGGCGCCAUGGUAUAUCGCGAAGAGUUGCAAUGUGGCUCAUAAGAAAUCCAAUGUUCCAUACUGUAUGCAAGCCAAAUCGCUGUUUGCUAUUACAGUCAUCAUUAUUGUUCACUAUACUGUCAUCCUCGGCUUGAACAUCCACUCCUGCUUCAUCACUCCCGAAGAACGCGAAGAAAUCCUAGAGAAGAGGGAAGAGCGCCGCAUCGAGGAAGAAUUCGAAGAGGAGAUCAUUAAAUCUCCCGGCAUGAUUCCCAUGACUCCCGGGUCAAUGCCCCGGGGAACAGCCAUGAUUCCUCGGACCCCAGGCAUUCCGCCCAUGGCGCAUGGGGGGAACAUCUCACCCUUUGCCCCGCGCACGUUGGCCUUCAACCGACUUGGCAGUACCUCCUCAGACCUCCCACUGCGGGAUAACUCUCGUGUGACUUCACCUCAAUACACCUCACCGCAACCCCAAGAGGCCAACGCGGAGAGUUCGUCAAGUUCACCGAUGUAUUUCCCGCCGCCACCAAAAAAAGCCUCAAAGACCUGA